GUAAGAGAUUAAGUAGAUUGUUAAUUGCUGCUAGGUUGUCGAUAAGAAUAGCAAUUGUAGAGUUAAUCAGUAAAACUAAAAGAAGAGAGAUAACUGUACUUAGUUCAGAAUGGGAUGAGUCUAGAGAGGG